CGCUGAUGUCAGGCCCCGGCCCCGGCGCGAGCGGACUGGGCUGAGGGAACGGGGCGGCGGCGGGAGCGCGGCAGGAGCGGGGUGUGGGACAACUCCUACUCUCUGCCAGGUUUUGAUUGGCUUUCCAAAGAGGCAGUGUCCUAUAAAUUGCCUUCUCUGCUCUGCUUCUGCCUUAUCACCAGCUGAGGCCCAGCACACCUGAAAGGGGAAGAUGCCAGUCAUCAGGAACCUGGGCAGAGCUGCCAGCCAGCUGCUGCAGAGCUCUGGCUGUGGCUGUGGGGUGUCCCUGGUGCCUGUCAGGGCCAUUGGGGUGUCCCCACGCCAGGUGGCCUCCGACGCCAGCUUCCACUCGGUGACGUUCUCCGAGUCGGAUCAUCCCCGGGUGUUAAUCACAGGUGGUCUUGGCCAGCUCGGGGUGGGACUUGCAAAGCUGCUGAGGAAACGCUUUGGAAAGAACAAUGUGAUCUUGUCUGACAUUAGAAAGCCUGCAGAUAAUGUUUUUUAUAGUGGUCCUUUCAUCUUCGCGGAUAUCUUGGACUACAAGAACCUGCGGGAGAUCGUGGUGAACAAUCGCAUCACGUGGCUGUUCCACUACAGCGCCCUGCUCAGCGCCGUGGGAGAGGCCAACGUGCCCUUGGCCAGGGCUGUCAACAUCACUGGUUUACACAAUGUUCUGGACAUUGCAGCUGAGCAUAAUUUGAGGCUCUUUGUUCCAAGCACCAUUGGAGCCUUUGGACCCACCUCUCCUCGAGAUCCAACUCCUGAUCUCUGCAUUCAGAGGCCGAGGACAAUCUAUGGAGUCUCCAAGGUCCAUGCUGAGCUCAUGGGAGAAUACUACCACUACCGCUAUGGCCUGGACUUCCGCUGCCUCAGGUAUCCAGGGAUUAUCUCUGCUGAUUCCCAGCCUGGGGGGGGAACAACUGAUUAUGCUGUCAAGAUUUUCCAUGAUGCCAUAAAGACUGGCAAAUUCAAGUGUUACCUGAGGCCAGACACCCGGCUGCCCAUGAUGUACAUCGACGACUGCCUGAAGGCCACGCUGGAGAUCAUGGAGGCCCCUGCAGAAGCCCUGACCAUGAGGACCUACAACAUCAGUGCCAUGAGCUUCACUCCUGAGGAGCUGGCCCAGGAGGUGCAGAAGUAUGUCCCUGAGCUCCAGAUGACCUACAACGUGGAUCAAGUCAGGCAGGCCAUAGCUGACAGCUGGCCCAUGAACUUCGACGACAGCAACGCCCGCAGGGACUGGGGUUGGAAACACGACUAUGACCUCCCUGAGCUGGUGACCACCAUGUUUAGCUACCUUGGGUCUGACUCUAGGGUUGCCCAAGCUAACUGAAAUGCUUUCAGAUGUUUCCAGAUUUCCACAGAGGACCAGGAAGAAAUGGCUGCAUUUUAGUUUCUAAUUUUCUGAGUCUUAGAGCGUGUCAGUUGCUAAUUUUUGUAAGUAGUGGCAGAGUUGGGCAGAAAUGUCCUGUAGCUGGAAUGUCCUUUAGAUAAACAGCAGCACUGGGUGCUGUCCCCAAACACAGCACUGCUGACAAACACAGAGUUCUUGAACUUUCACACUUAGGGAGAAACACCAAAGUAGCACUUACUCCUGGCUGAUGGCUCUCCAAUCAUUCCUGCCUCUUCCUUGGCAAACAACGUGGGAUAGCAUUGUCCAACUUUCAGGCAUAUCCCAAAAAGCUAACAAUAGGUUUUGCUUUUUCCUGGUGGAGGAUGUUAGGUUGUAGCAAGAACCUUUUUACUCUUUGCUUACAAAAGAGACAUCAGAAGAGCUGUUUCAUGUUUCCAAAUUGCAGGGGGAUGUUGCAAUUCUAGUUUGAAAUCAAACUUUGCUCGAUACCUCCUAUUUAUAUCUCUCUUUAUUGCUGUCUAAGCAUACACUUUUCUAUACUUAGGGCAUACAGAGUAGCAUUCUUAUGAUGCUGCUUAUAAAUGUGAAGUGGAAUAGGACUUGAAUUCUCAUCAUGCUUUAAAAGAAAAACAGGGUUUACAAGCAGAGCUUUUUCCUGUUCUCUGCAAGUGCCGCUGCUUUCAGCGCAGCCUCGGAGGGAGAGCUAAAAUCUGAAGAGCUGUUCCAUGGAUGUGAGUC